AUGUUGUUGAAUCCGGAAAAACCACGGAGUGAUGAAAUCGACAGUGCUAGUGAUGAAGAAGAAGAUGAAGUUAUUGACAGUGCUAGUGAUGAAGAAGAAGAUCAAGAAAUCGAUAGUGGUGGAGGCGGCGUUAACGUUGAAAAAAUGGACAGUGUUGGUGAUGAAGAAAUCGACAGUGCAAGUGAUAUCGAAGAAGAUGAAGAAAUCAAUAGUGGUGGAGGUGCUGAGUUCUCUGUUGAUGAUACUGAGAAGAGUUGUUCUAGGUUUCAAGAAGCUGAUCAAGAAAUAUGCCAUAUUGUUGGGCUACAAGGGAACUACAACGUCAGUAAGACCAAAUCUACUGUGUUGAAAGUAAAACUAAGUUUAAAGAAGACUCGGGACAUUGACGACAAGCUUCAACACAUGCAUGUUGAUAGUGAUAAAGAAAAGAAGACAGAAGCAGAAAAGUGUUGGUCCGACAGUACCGAAAGCAAGAACAUGAGUUGUGUCACGGGAUCGGCAACCAAGAAUUCUCCCGAAGGUUUAAGGAAAAUGAACGAGGAUAUCAACCGCGUAGAUGAAAGCCAAGAUUGUUCCUCACAGAAGAUCAAGAGGCUUGAGGGAGGAGGACAGUUACAGAAACAGAGAAACUGCAGUGCUAUUACAAGACCAAAUCAGAAAACAACACAAAGCUCUACAGUUGCAAGGCCAGUGCAAAAAGUAACACAAAGCUCUGCAGUUGCAACACCAAUGGGAAAAACAACACAAAGCUCUACAGUUGGAAGACCAAUGCAAAAACCAGCACAAAGCUCUACAGUUGCAACACCAAUGGAAAAAACAACACACAGCUCUGCAGUUGCAAGACGAAUGCAAAAACCAGCACUAAGCUCUACAGUUGCGACACCAAUGGAAAAAACAACACACAGCUCUGCAGUUGCAAGACCAAUGCAAAAACCAGCACAAAGCUGUACAGUUGCGACACUAAUGCAAAAACCAACACAAUCCGGAAUGAAAUUUGAAUCAAGUAAAAGAAAAUUUGAGGAAAGGGUUGCUGAGCAAAAAAAUGCCAAGAGAAGGAUCAUAAUGGUGGACUUUCAUGAUAUGCCUAAACUAGCCAAAGAUCCUUCUGCUCCCAAACGCUGCUGGGAUAGUAGGAGGAGGUUUUGA